AGCAUUUUGUGCUCGCACUGCUCGCCUCAGCAACCGGGUUUUUGGCUUCUCAGUGACACAACGCUCCCAUGGCGGCCAUGGUGAUCCGUGUAUUGCUGGUGAGUUUUGUGAUGGCCAGUGCCACGCCAAGGCUUUCUCCAUGCGUACCAGCUGAAGGAUCCUGCAACCCCUCCCUGGAUCGUUGCUGCCAAGGUCCAGGGUUGAUGACUUGCCGCCUGCGCUCGAACACCAAAGAUGCUGGGAUGUCCUACAAGUGCGGUGCCGAGUUCACACAUCAGGCAGUGUCGCAGCCCAAGUGCAUUCCUGAAGGAGAUUUUUGCGAUACUGACAGCAGAACAUGUUGCCAACUGGAAGACAAGAUGCCUCUCAAGUGCAUCAAGCCCGAGCACGAGAAGGCCGACUCUACAGGAGAGGUGCGUCCGAAGUGCCUGGCGGAAGCUGAGACCUUCAGCGUCGAAGCCUGCGUGGAAGAGGGAUCCAGUUGCAGUCCAUUGCAGAACCGCUGCUGCCAGGGGCAAGAGAGGAGCUUCCAGCAGGCCCUGCGCACCUGCCAGCUCCGCUUCUCGGUUCGCCCUGGCGUUCACAGCCCCGCAUAUAUCUGCAGCAAGGAGUUUGUUGAGGUGAACGACCCGGUGGUGCCAUGAGGGCCAUGAGGGUCGAGGGUGCGCGAGACCUGGGACAAUCGAUGACUUGGUGGUCGUUGGAUACUACAGAAGUUUUAAU